AAGGAGGGAAGAUAGAGAGGCGCCAAUUCCUAAAUCUGAUUUUGCAUUUUCCUUUUUAGUAUCAAAGGAUAAGGAUCAAGGUCUAAGGGGGGAAGAACCAGCAAACACCGAUGUCAACUCUCUCCGCUUCCAUAUAUAUCUCUUCUUUUUUGUUCCAUAACCAGUGCUUCAUGGUAUCAUGUCAAUGGCAGUCGCAGCCAGCUACAGCUUCUUUGUUCUCAGAUCCACCGUUAACCCCCAUGGCUCCGCCUCCGGUUGUCCUCCCUGCCUUGCCACCAGGCAGUCGUCCAUUGGUGUUCUCGCCCUUAAAGCUACCGGUCCUAAGGAAAUAAGAAAUUUGAAGAGAGGUCCAUCGCCUUUCCACUGUAACUCCAAUGCUGAUGGAAUCAGUGCUAAAGGGGACACAGGGCGUUCUCAACCUACAGCUUUUAAAUCUCUUGGAAUGGAAAUAAGACACAAAGAGUUUCAGUUUGAUUCAAUAGAUCAGCAGAUUGAACCAGGGGAUCUCCAGGAUGAAGCUUUUCUUAAUGCUGUUGUUAAGGUUUACUGCACUCAUACUGCACCCAAUUAUUCUCUUCCUUGGCAUAGGCAAAGACAAUAUACAAGCACUGGAAGCGCUUUUAUGAUUGGGGAAGGGAAGCUUUUAACCAGUGCACAUUGUGUGGAACAUGGUACACAGGUUAAAGUGAAGAGAAGAGGAGAUGAUACUAAAUAUGUGGCUAAGGUUUUAGCCAGGGGUGUUGAUUGUGAUAUAGCUUUGCUUUCAGUUGAGAGUGGGGAAUUUUGGAAAGAGGCUGAACCACUACAUUUUGGGCGCUUGCCACAUCUUAAGGAUGCAGUAACUGUUGUAGGAUAUCCCCUUGGAGGUGACACCAUUUCAGUGACAAAGGGAGUUGUUUCACGCAUUGAGGUUACAUCAUAUGCUCAUGGUUCAUCUGACUUGUUGGGCAUUCAAAUUGAUGCAGCAAUAAAUCCUGGUAAUAGUGGUGGUCCUGCAUUUAAUGAUCGGAGAGAGUGCAUAGGGGUGGCAUUUCAGGCUUAUAGGUCUGAAGAGGCAGAAAAUAUUGGAUAUGUGAUCCCAACUACAGUUGUAUCUCAUUUUCUGAAAGACUACGAGCGGAAUGGAAAGUAUACCGUCAAUGGUUUCCCUAGCCUUGGUGUAUUGCUGCAGAAGUUAGAGAAUCCAGCACUUCGUGAGUGCUUGAAAGUACAGUCAAAUGAGGGUGUGCUUGUCCGAAGAGCUGAACCUACUUCUGAUGCAAACAAUGUUCUAAAGGAGGGAGACGUGAUAGUGAGCUUUGAUAACGUCCAUGUUGGGUGUGAAGGAACAGUGCCUUUCCGAUCAAAUGAGCGCAUUGCAUUCUGCUACCUCAUCAGUCAAAAGUUUGCGGGUGAUGUGGCCGAGCUUGGUAUUAUCAGAGCUGGCAAAUUCAUGCAAGUUCAAGUAGUUUUAAAUCCCAGAGUACAUCUGGUGCCUCGUCAUAUUGAUGGAGGGCAGCCUUCAUUUUUUAUUAUUGCUGGUUUGGUGUUCACGCCACUUUCAGAACCACUCAUAGAGGAGGAACGUGAGGACUCCAUAGGGGUGAAAUUACUACUCAAGGCAAGGCACUCUUUGGCAAGGUUCAAAGGCGAGCAAACUGUUAUACUAUCUCAGGUUUUGGCUAAUGAUGUGAACAUUGGAUAUGAGAGUAUGGCCAAUUGGCAGGUGGGUUUUCUAUCAACCCUUAUAAUUACCUGCUAAUUUAUUUAUUACAAUGCUAAAAGUCUGAAAAUUUUCAGGUUUUGAAAUUCAAUGGAACUCAAAUAAAAAAUAUUCAUCACCUAGUGCACCUUGUGGAUUGUAAGUGGUAGCAGAUUAGCAUCCCUUGUUAUCUCUUUCAACUUCUUUGUACAUGUACUUCUCAUGGCAGUCUGUUCUUUGUCAGCUUGUAAGGACAAAUAUCUGGUUUUUGAGUUUGAAGAUCAAUUUGUGGUCGUUUUGGAGAGAAAAGCAGCUACUGCUGCUUCAUCCUGCAUACUUAAAGAUUAUGGAAUUCCUUUUGAAAGAUCUCCGGAUCUUUGGGAGCCAUAUGUUGACCUAGGGGACAACCAAGCAAUGGAGCAGGACUUUUGUGAUAUUCCAGUUUCAAAUUCCGAAAUUGGUUUUGAUGGAAUCCUCUGGGCGUGACAAGCGAAAGUUGAGAAUUCAGUCUAAUUUUAUUGGCCAGUAAAACAUGGUUCACAACUUUGAGUCCACCAACUCCAAGAAUUCAUAACGUCGGCCCAUUUCUAUAAAAGCCACAACCCCACUGCUUUCAUCCUUUUACAGUCAACCACAGCCGGGUUUUACAAUUUGCUUCUACAGACUUGCUGCAUCUUUUGAUUCAAUAAUUGUUUUUCCUCUCCCCUGCUUGCCCCAUUUCAUGAUCUCAUUGUUCGGUUUUCUGCAGCCAUCCAUUCAAUCAGGCAACACACCAAAAUAAUAUCCAAUAAGAGAUGGUCAUGUGCCGAAUUAGGCCAUAUUUAACCUUGAGAGCAUUUGUUGUAAUAACUAGUAAUGAUAAAA